AUGCGGCUCUCGGGCUGGCUGGCCCUCGCCGCCCUGCUGCGAGCCGCUCUCCUCGUGUGGGGCACCUACCAGGACGCGCACUCGCCCGUCAAGUACACCGACGUCGACUACCUCGUCUUCUCGGACGCCGCCCUGUGCCUCGCCCGGCCAGCCUCGCCCACGCCGACCCGCGCCACGUACCGCUACACGCCCCUCGUCGCCCUCGCCCUCGUCCCAAACCUCCUCGUCCACCCGCUGUGCGGCAAGCUCCUGUUUUCCCUGUGCGACCUCGUCGUCGGCGCACUCCUCCACGCGCUCCUCGUGCGCAGGGGCGCCACCGAGCGGUACGCAGGGAGGGCCGUCGCCGCCGCGUGGCUCGUCAACCCGAUCGUCGCCAACAUCUCGACGAGGGGCAGCAGCGAGGCCCUCGUCGGCGCCCUCGUCGUCUCGACCCUGUCGCUCGCCGAACGCGCACGGUGGGACGCCGCUGCCGCCCUCUUUGGCGUCGCCGUCCAUGUCAAGAUCUUCCCGUUCCUGUACGGCUCGAGCCUCGUCGCCGCGCUCGCCGCGUCGGCUCGAGGCGACGCGUGGCGGGCCCUGCGCCGCAUGCUGCGCUUCGGCGUCGUCAGCUUUGCCUGCUUCAUGGGCCUCAACGGCGCACUGUACCUCCUCUUCGGCCAGCCGUUCGUCCAGGAAACGUUCCUGUACCACCUCUCUCGCCUCGACCACCGCCACAACUUCUCGGCCUACUUCUACCCGUUCUACCUCUCGGCGUCGCCCUCGAGCCCGGCGCCCUCGUCCGCGUGGCAGCACCUCGCGCGCCACCCUCUCGCCGCCUUCCUGCCGCAGCUCGUCCUCUCGCUCGGGCUCGGCGCCUUGUUCGGCGCGCAGGACUUGCCGUUCGCGUGGCUCGUACAGACGGUCGCGUUCGUCACGUUCAACAAGGUGUGCACGUCGCAGUACUUCCUGUGGUACCUGUGGCUCCUGCCCGCCGCCCUCCCCUCCCUGUCCUUCUCCCCUCGCCGCGCCAUCCUCGUCGGCUCCGUUUGGGCCCUCACCCAGGCCCUUUGGCUCUCGCAAGCCUUCCGCCUCGAGAUGCUCGCCGAGCCGCGCUUCCGCGAGGUGUGGGCCGCCGGCAUCGUCUUCCUCGUCGGGCAGAGCUGGGUCCUCGCCGAGGUGCUUGGGGCGUGGACGGGGAGGAGGAGGAGCGGCGCGGGAUGGGCGGCGGCAGGGACGGUCGAGAGGAGGGGCAGCGAGGGCAGGGAGGCCGAGUAGAAGAAGCUGUCGAGAGGUCUCUCUCGCGCUCGCGCAAUGUACAUCGAGAGUCACUGAUC